ACGUCUUUCUCCUGUCGGCGAGGCUCUUCCCCCUGGGUGAAGACGAGGUCAGCCCUGCUGACAAGGGAUCUCGGUUCCAGGUCGUGCCUGUCAGCGACAUCCUGCCCGUUGUCGUAAACCGCGAGGUGGAGGCGAUUUGGGCAGCUUGUCGCCAAGAUGGGUCCAUCACGCCCUUCGUGGAUGACCUUCUCUUCGGCUCUGCCGGCUCCAUCCAGGCUACGGCAGAGGUGGUGGAGGUCGAAGAUGCGGAGCUCAACCAGCAGCAGAUAGCUGCCGUCGCACGUGCGAGUGCUGCGAAGCUCACGCUGGUACAAGGGCCCCCCGGGACGGGCAAGAGCGAAGUUGCCGCAGCGAUCGUCCAGCAAUGGAUGAAGGAUGAGACGGAGUCUGUGCUCUUGGCGACCUCCACACAUGCCGCCAAGGAUGUGCUCGGACAGCGUUUGCGUCGCCGGCAGCAGCGCCCACAGCAGUGGUUGAAUGAUCCUGAGCUCGCUUGCAAUUUCCGGCCAGCACGACUGCGAAGGAUUCAGCCGAGCUUGCGCGCAUGA